CUGAAUAAAAGGAAAGUGUUUCUACCGAACACAUUUCGAACAGGUACGCGUUCUCCCGUUGCCGUGGCAGCAGCGACUUCAGGAAGAACGUUCGGGCGAUUAAUGAUGGAUGCUCGAGAGACAGAUCUGCUGGGUGGCAAUGAGAACAUAGUUGAAAUGCAGACUUUGGAAGAAGAGGACUUUGCAGUUUCAAUAUCAUCAGAUGCUGAUGCAGAGUUUGACAUGGUUAUUGGGAACAUCGAGGAUAUUAUAAUGGAGGAUGAAUUCCAACAUCUUCAGCAGUCUUUCAUGGAGAAAUAUUACCUUGAGUUUGAUGACUCUGAUGAGAACAAGCUCAGCUAUACACCUAUUUUUAAUGAAUAUAUUGAAAUCCUUGAAAAACAUCUGGAACAGCAGUUGGUAGAGCGAAUUCCUGGAUUCAGCAUGGAUGCAUUCACCCAUUCACUUAAACAGCACAAAGAUGAAGUUUCAGGUGACAUACUUGACAUGCUGCUCACUUUCACUGACUUUAUGGCCUUUAAAGAGAUGUUCAUUGAUUACAGAGCAGAAAAGGAAGGCAGAGGAUUGGACCUUAGUACCGGACUGGUGGUGAAAUCUUUCAGUUCUGCUUCCGCUUCACCUCUGACCUCUAGCACGGCCUCACAAUCCAGCUGUAAAUGAACUUGAUCAGUCAACACAUAUGAAUAUUCCCAUUUAAAAAGAUGAAUAUUUAUUGAAAAUUCCUUUCCCACAUCCCAAAACAAACAGCCACUUUUAUAGUAACUUGACAGAAGGGAAUCUGUGUUUAAUUUAGGUUAAUGUUUAAACGAAACGUUCGGGACAACUGUCAGUUUAUCUGGUAUGACUCCUCUUACAGUGUUCAUGUCCUGAAAUCCACUCUGUCUGGAUCAGUCUUUCACAUCUUGUUGGCCUACAGCGCAGCAAAACACUACUGCUGUUUCUGACCAAACUGAUGUAGAAAGCUGUAAUGAGCAUUUGAGCAUCUCAAAGCUGCCACUUUAUUGAACAUUUUCAUAUGGUUAAAUCCUUGUAUAUCAUAAUAUACCAAAAUAAUUAUUUUCACUUGACAAUCAUAAAGGGCUUUUCAAUACAAAAGUAUUAUACAAUGUGCCUGAUAUGACAAUAAAUCUAAAAGACCCUUUUUCCAUUUAAAAGACUUGCAAGUCUUUCAAGUAAAAUAUUAAAAUAUAAAUACAGAAUUAAAAAUAGUGUUUAUAGUUACCAGAAAGAAUGUAAAUAAUCCAUACAGUUUUUCAUGCUUUUAAUGUGAUGUAGAGUCCAUGUUUUGGAUGGCUCUCAUAUCUUCUGAGUGACAAUAAGAAGGAAAGACUGAUAAGAACUUUUCAAAAUAAUACUUAGUUUCGUUGAUGUAUACAAACUUCAGCAUUUUUACUCCCUUCUUUACUUAGAAGAAUGUGUUGUUCUUACUAGAUGAAUGUUGCGUUAUUGUGUACAUUUGUUUAUUAUUUGUAUAUAUAGACAUCUGA